AUGCCCCCACAACCCCCCACUACUCCACCAGACUAUGUGCAGCAACAGCAACAACUGGAGCUUCAGCAGCAGCAACAACAAGAGCCUUCAUUUGAACACCUACAACGUCUCCAACUUGAACAGCAACAACAGGCUGAGCUUCAUCAACAACAAGAAACACAGCGACAACAAAAAGAGCAGUUUCAGCGUCAGACAGAGGAAGACGCACGGCGGCUACAGGAACAACAACUACAACAGCACCAAGCUAAGGAGCAAGCACGUCUACUGCAACAACAACAGCUGCAGCUGCAGCAGCAGCAGCAGGCGCAAGUGCUCGCUCAUUCAACUCCACUCUCGUCGAAUCGACCAUCCCCCUUACCCUCCGCCCCCAUCACUCCAUCUUCCGCUUCGUUGACUAGAAAGCCAGGAGUGAACGGUCUCAUGGAACGCAUGGCCUCAACCGGGUCGAUUAAGCGGCCGACGAGCGUCCAUAGCACGUCGAGUUCUUACUUAGCGUCGCAUAUCGGGAGCAUGACCUCAUCCUCGUUGAACCUUUCGGACGAUUCAUUUUCAAGCAACCCAGAGGAUUACGACAUCCGCCUUCCUAUCGGCUAUGGGUCUUCGGCCGUCGUCUACAAUGCGUACUACAAGCCAUUCAACAGGAGGGUUGCCAUCAAGGUCAUCGACCUCGAUAUGUUUGAACGCAACCAGAUUGACGAGCUUCGGAGGGAGACCCAGGUCAUGGCGUUGUGCAAGCACCCCAACGUCUUGCGUGUCAACGGAGCCUUUGUGACCGACAGUAAGCUGUACAUUGUCACGCCCUACCUUUCUGCCGGAUCAUGCCUUGACAUCAUGAAGACUGCCUACCCUGACGGUUUUGAAGAGGUCGCAAUAGCAACCAUUCUCAAGCAGGCCUUGCAAGGAUUGGAUUAUCUUCACAAGAACGGACACAUUCAUAGGCAAGCAGGCAAUUUGCUUGUGGACGAUGAUGGAUCUGUUCUUUUGGCUGACUUUGGCGUUUCAUCUUCGCUCAUGGAGAAUGGCGACCGACGUGGUCAAAGAAAGACGUUUGUCGGCACACCUUGCUGGAUGGCGCCAGAGGUCAUGGAGCAGGCCGGCUACGACUACAAGGCGGACAUCUGGAGUUUUGGUAUUACCGCCAUUGAACUUGCGACUGGCCAUGCCCCCUUUGCAAAGUAUCCUCCUAUCAAGGUCUUGAUGUUGACUCUGUCGAACGACCCUCCAACACUGGACAGGGAUUCGACCAAGCACCGCUACUCCAAGUUGCUCAAGGAGAUGAUCGACUCUUGCUUGCAGAAGGAUCCUACCAGAAGACCUACCGCAGAGAAGCUCUUGAACCACUCGUUCUUCAAGCAGGCCAAGAAGAAGGCAUACUUGGUGUCAGGCCUGUUGCACAACCUCCCGCCUAUCGAGCAAAGACCCCACAAACGGCAAGUUCAGAAGCCGAUUGUUAUCGAAAAGGGAAUCUCUUGGAACUUUGAUGGCGAUGAUGCAGCAGACUCGGAGGAAGUUCGUCGCCCACGCACGGUUACCUUUGAGCGUCCAGAUCGCCCAGGUUCGACCACAACAACAGAGUCGGCACAUUCGACCGGAACUGCGAUGACACCAACCGCCGAGACGGCUCGCACACUCGACUCUUUGCCUGACGAAGCACCUUUCUCUCAGGGCACCACGCCAUUGUCCGGUCACACAGGAGACAAACCGGUCAAAAAGUCGCGAUUUGUGGUCGAAGACAGCAGCACUACGGCUUCACCAGCACUCCACCCGACUACCGAAGCUCAUCUAUCGCCACAGGCUGGGUUGAGUCACAACAUGUCUUCGUUGUCGAUCCAGUCUGGACAGAAUCUUCAGGGAUUGGGAGUCACUCCUCAUGGAACCGAGGCGGGAGGACUGCCGGAGGUGAAGAAGGGCCGAUUCAGCGUCAAGGACACAUCAGUCUCGUCAUCUCCUGUCCCAUCCAGCAUCAAGACGAUGCCUAGCGAUCUGUUGCACUCGCCUUCUCGAAGCCUCACUUCGUCACCUGUUGAGGGCCAUCCGGAAGGUGUUCGUAUUGUAGGCGCGUCAGAGCAUGGACCCCUCCCAGACGACGACGACAAAGACGACGAAGAUGAGGAUGAGGAUGUGGAUUGCGAUGAUGACGAUGAGAACGAGGACGAUGAAGACGAUGAGAACAAGGACGAUGAAGACGACGAGUACGAUGGAUCGGUGGCACCAUCAAGUAGCAGCGGCCCAGGCGCGGGUUCGCCUAGUCAUGGCACCUCUCUAUCGAGGGAAUCCUCACAGUCAAGGGUUGCGGGCGACACUGGUCUGUCAAGGGACAACUCGAGGGUAUCUCGAUUCAGUAUAGAAACAACAACUCCAUCCCCACAGGAAGCAGGUCUUCUCGGUACCGCCGUCUCGGCCACAGGCACACCCAGUGCUUCGCAGAGCAAGCGGAGUCGGUUCCAGGUGUCCAACGUUGAAGGGAGCAGCAAACCCAACGUGGACCACCCUGCGGAUACUUUUGGGUCUUCUCAUUCGACUCCAACGACUUCGCCGACGGGAUCAGUCUUGCGGGGACAGCAGCCAGCGCUCCUGGAGGCAUUGAGCGCUCAAUCGGUUCACAGCCAUCUGGACACUCUCUAUCGCCAGAAUGAACAACAGCGGGUUGUGCUGAAUGAGCUGUCUGCGGGACUAGGACUGAAGCCUGGUCCAAGGACAGGAGGAGUACAGGAAGGAGGGCCUGUCAACAGUGGAUCAAUCCACCGACAGGAGCACAGCCCGAUGCAUUUCACGUUGGAUAGACAGCUUCAGGUUGCAGUGCGUGAAAACGAGAGUCUGCGGAGGGAGAACGAGGCGUUGAAGCGGGAACUUGACCGGUUGCGUCGGGGAGGGUCGUAG